AUGGCUGCUGGAAACCGUAAUCAUCUCAAAAGACUGUUCUCGGAGAUACACCAAACCAAGCACUUACUUAAGUCAUUCCGUAAGCUUAAGGAAGAAGAAUACGGGAACCAUGAGCCAAAGAACAAGCCUACCAUCACCCAGGCGAAGCUGUCUGUAAGAGACAUUCCUCCGUUUCAGCUUAAGGGAUCUCAUGUGUGGCGUCCAGACAAGGAGGUGUUUGAAUCAGCUGUGCAUUUCCUUUCAAGUUUCCAAAAAGUCCUCAACACAGGCAGCGUAAACAAGGAUCUCGAGUGGCAAAAGUGGCUACAUGUCGCAUUGCAUCAAGACCACGAUGAAUGGUUUGAAUCCGAAUUGGCCGACAAAGGAUAUACAUGGGAGCAGGCGAAAGUUGUAUUCAAGAAGCGUUUCCAAUCGAUGGAUUACAUCGUCUCCAAGGCCACGCAAGCGUACUCAAUCACCAUGAACUCUGAUGAGUCGAUUCUGGAUUUUGCAACACGUUUCCAAGCAUGUUACAGACAAGGAGGUCUCAAGGAUGGUGAAGGUUUGGCGUUACGUUUCAUGGCUGCCUUACUUCCACAAGUCCGUGACAGGGUGAAAUUGGCAUGGCACGCCAAACACAAUGGACAUCCGCAACGAGUCGAUGAUAUCAUUCAAGUCGCCCAAACCAUCACGGAGGACAAGAGGGUCAUGGAUACUUAUCAACCACGUAACAACUCACACCGUCGACAUGGAAACAAGCGCUUCCGCCGCCAUUCGCCAUAUGCUGGUUCACGCAACAUGCCAAAACGAUCAGGUGGCUCAUCCCAUGCAGCUGUUGGUUGCGAUUACCACGGACCCAAGGCACACCAUUCAUCGCAAGAGUGCUUCAAGCUGAACAAGAACAGAAACAGCAAGUGCGAUUAUUGUGGCAAAGAGCGUCUACCAGGCCACAGGUGUGACGAGUACCGCCAGGCGAUGGCGUCACGCCACAAACAGAACAAUACCAAUGGCACAUCUACCACUCACACAGUGCGUGCCAUUGACAGGGAUGACCAUACCCCUUCACAAUCUCAAAAUGACUAUCCUACCAAUGAUGAUAUUAUGGAGGAAAUCUUCUCCGAAUUGGACGCAAUCAGCCAACAUGAUCACACCUCGCAUUCAGGUAACAUCAUCAUAAGAGCAAGCACCACUUUUCAUUCACAAAAUCACUCACUCAUGACUCCUAUCAUUAUACAGGAUAAACGCCUAUUAGGCUUAGUGGAUAGUGGUGCAAGCGUUUCAAUAAUAAAUGAAAGUUUAUGUCACAAAUAUUCUUGGUCAAUCAUACCAGCUGAAGGCUCUUUACAAUUUGCGGGAAAGAAUCAUACCACACGCCGCAUAGGCGUUACACAGCCUCUUACCAUUCAUUACAAUAAUAAACCUCCUUUCACGCAUCAAUUCGAAGUCAUGCAAACGGGGGACAACAUCGAUUGCUAUGUUGGUCUUGAUCUAUUCUCACGUUUAGGCAUCUCUAUACACAACCUUGCAUUCAAAUGGGAUGACACCCAGGCUAAUCCUGAAAAAGAUUAUGACACAACAUAUGCGGACAUUGUGCAACCCAACGAAUCUCCCGUUGGCACUAAAGAACAACGCGAACAAAUGAUGCGCGAAUUAGAACCAUACAUGAAGGCUAAUGCAGCCAUACCUCAAUCAUCUUUCUGCACCAUACCAGAAUCUAUCAUACGCUUGCCUACACCUGAAGGUGAAAAAGUCUAUCGCAGGCAAUAUCCAUUACCCAUAGCUCUUGAGACCAUCAUCGACGAUGCUGUUAAUACAUGGCUGCAAAAUGGUACCAUCAUACGUGCCAGCAUUGAUAACGGUUGGAAUUCACCACUUACUCUUGCCGAUAAAAAAGACGCGUCCGGCAAAAAGACAGGCAAAAGACCGUGCUUAGAUCCACGACUCAUUAACCAAUUACUACCUGAUGAUCGUUAUCCUCUUCCAUUGAUAAAACAAAUCUUCCAUCGCUUACAUGGUUCAACGAUUUAUACCACACUUGAUCUUAAAAAUGCCUUCCAUCGCUUCCGUAUUCAUCCAGACGAUCAACACAAAACCACUUUUACUCAUCGCAAUAUACAAUACAUGUUCCAAGGUUGCCCCUUUGGGCUCAAACCUCUAUCAUCCAAAUUCCAACGAGUUAUGACAUACAUCUUUAAAGACAUGCCUUUUGUUGAAACCUUCGUUGACGAUAUCGUUAUACAUUCUACUACAUUCAAUGAACACACUGGGCAUAUUAAACAAGCCAUCUCUGCACUCACACACGUAAAUCUUAUUCUCAAUCCGGCUAAAUGCCACUUUGCACAACAUACCGUAUACCUUCUUGGCUUUACUAUCUCUGCCAAAGGCAAACGUCCUGACCCACGUAAAAUUGAGCAUGUACUACAAUGGCCUACACCUUGUACGGGUAAAGAUAUCCAAAGCUUCUUGGGCAUCGUCAAUUACUUUCGAGAUCACAUACCAAAAAUUGCUCAACUCAAUGCUCCAUUAGAACGCCUUCGCAAUGAAAACUCACUUCAGGGCAAAUGGACCGCCGAACAUGAUAAGCACUUUUCACUGCUCAAAAAGAUCCUAUCUUCUGAUCUCAUCUUACAUCAUCCUGAUCUACGACAUCCAUUCUAUAUUGCCACUGAUGCCUCAAACACAGGCAUUGGCGCUGUUCUUUUCCAAAUUGUUGACAAUGACAAACGUUACAUUGAAUUUGCUGCCCGAGCUUUAUCAACCUCUGAAAGGAAUUACUCUACUACACGACGCGAACUUCUCGCUAUUGUCUUUGCCUUACGUCGUUUUCAUCACUUUGUAUGGGGAAACCCAUUUACUUUGUAUACGGAUCAUCGUUCUCUCACACACCUGUUCACUCAGCCUAUCGCCAAUUCCAUGAUGAUUAAUUGGUUCGA